AAAACAAACAAAACAAAAGCCCAGAUUCCUCUCCAAACAUGCCAUGCCCAUUUCCCCUCCAAUCUCUCUCAUCUCCUCUCUCUCUCUCUCUCUCUUGUUUCUCUCUCUCUUUCUCUCUCUCACUAGACCCAUCUCUAGAAAGAUAAAGGAGCUAUGAAAGAAAGCUCUAAAAAAAGGCCAUGAGAGACCUUAAAGAUUGACCUGAGAUUUGCACAGGAAAUUUGCAACAACAACAACACAACGAGAUAUAUCACCUUGAUAUAUAUAUCUGUUGCAAUUGCAAGAAAAAUUCUUUUCUCCCCUUGCAAUUAUUCUGUGCUCAUCUCAAUCAAGCUAGCAUGCUGAGUAGUGGAGGGGAGUUGAAGAGCUCCUCCUUGGUGCAGCAGAUGGUGUGGGUUGGCACGGGCAACAGCAGCAGCAGCAGCAUCAUGGGCAGCUUGAGGCAGCUGCCUUGUUCUGAGGAGCAAGAUGCAGCUUCGUCUCCAGCCUCCAUGCUCUUCCUCCCCCAGCAGCUGCUGCUUCAUGCAUCUUCUAAUUCAUCGCCAUGUCUGAACAUUCCUGAGGUGAAUCUCAGCACUGGUCUUCAUCCUCUUGGGAGCUUCCAUGGCGAUGUGCAGCAGCAGGAGAUCAUCAGCGGCAUGCCAGAUCAGUCAUGGAGACAACUGCUUCUCAGUGGUGGAUUAGUUGGAGAUCACGAGAAAUACAGUGUGGCCACAGCUCUCCUGUCCAAAGGGCUAGAUGAUGAGGCCUCUAUGCCUCACGAGGCAUCAGCUGCUGCUUAUGAUUUCUAUGGACAUGGCGGCGGCGCCGGCGAUGGGAUCCUGCAGGCAUCGCCGGAGGCCAGCAGCUGCAAGUCGCAGCUGAGCCAGAUGCUCCUGCAGGCGGCGGCAUCCUCUCCUAGGUCAUGCGUCACCACCAGCGGCCUCGGCAGCAGCAUGAUGGAUUUCUCCAACACCGCGGCGGUGGCGCCGGCGGCGGAGCCGGAGUUGACGAGGAAACACCAUGCAGGCCAGUCAGAUAACUCGUCGGAGUGUAACAGCACAGAGACAGGUUCAGCUCUUAAGAAGGCUAGGGUUCAAGCCUCUUCUUCAGCGCAAUCUACCCUAAAGGUCUUGUGUAUGUGGUCACGUUUACAUUUAGAAAGUGUCAGGAAGGAGAGGCUUGGGGACAGAAUAACAGCUCUUCACCAGAUAGUUUCCCCAUUUGGCAAGACUGACACUGCAUCCGUACUGCAAGAGACCAUUGGUUACAUUAGAUUCCUCCUGGGUCAAAUUGAGGCUCUCAGCUACCCAUACUUGGGGCAAUGCUGCUCUGCGAACCCCAUGCAACAGCAAACUGUCAAGCCUCAAGCGCAACCAAUCCAUACAUGGCGUUGGCCUGUAUGUAUGUCCGCCGCCGCGCAUGAUGCAACCGGAGCACGAAGCUGUGCUUGCGCCGAAGCCGCUCAUCGUCCUGGCCACAGCGUGCGCCUGUAGCUACGCGCCUCCUGCCGGAGUCGCUGGUCCUCCCUGGCCGCCGAAGCCGUGCAGCCGCUCGUCGUCCAUGGCCGCCGCCGUGCAGAUUUUCGCCUCUCGCCGGAGCAACUGGUCCUCCCUGGCCGGGUGGUCGCUGAAGCCGUGCAGCCGCUCGUCGUUCUAGGCCGUCGCGUGCGCCGAAGCCGUGCAGUUGCGGGCCUCCCAUCGGUGCUGCUCAUCGUCGCUCGCCGCUGCCCGAGCUCCUGCCGCCACUUGCCGCCGAGCUCCUCCCACGCGCCGCCGCGCGCUCGCCCGUGCUUCUCCAGCGCACAGGCGCACAGCAACGCCUGACUAUCCACGACUAAAAACGAGAUGCAGGGCUUAGAUGUGUAGAGCAGGGGCAAUAUGGUCAUAUACCUUCAUAUUCUAGCAAAAAAUUAAAAAGGAAAAACAAUAUCUAACAGUAGGUACACGGUUGUGGUAUAAAAGCUAACGGAGCAAAAUUUGGGUGGUAUUAAAGUGCACCGGCAACUUUCAGUGGUACAAAGCAAAAUUGGAGAACUUUCGAUGGCGUGGAACCAAUUUUCCCUAGAAAUAAUUGAAGUUUCGACUUUGGCUUGUUGUAGACAUACGAUAGGUUAAUUAGCAUGUAUAUAUGGAGAAGCUUUUGCAAAGGAGGUAUGCAUGGUAUAUAUGAGUAGCAAAAGUAAAUAAAGCUUUCUGGUGUCCUCUACAAGAACUAUACAUACACGUUAACACGUACCAUUUGUUUUCACUCUUUUUGAAAGGAAUCCCUUUGUGACUCAAAAGAAAAAGAAAGGAUAUAAGCAGUACUAGUAUAUGAUAAUUAUACAGUAUAUACAAUUAUCUAUGAGAGAGGAGAAAUUACAUGCAAUAUAUAGCUAGGAGGAUAUAUAUCAAUAUUACAAUAUAUGUACUCAUCAGUACUACCCAAGAAACAGAAGGAAUAAUUAGUGUGUUUUGGCUGUGUUUAGUUCAGCGCAAAGUUUAGAUUUUAGUUAAAAUUAGAGAUGAUGUGACUGAAAAGUUAUGUGUGUAUGACAGGUUGAUGUGAUGGAAAAGGACUGAAGUUUGGAUCCAAACUUUGGAUCUAAACACAGCCUUUGUCGAAACCUGAAAGGAAUACACGUACUAGCUAGCUAGCACGAUGCCCAUGUAUGCUUUUAUAUAUUCUCACAAAUAACACUACAACAAAAACCUGGUAUAGAGGAACUUUUGUAGAGGCGUUUUGCAAAUUGCUUCUAAGAUCAGAAGUUUUAUAGUGUAGAGACACUUUAUAAAGGCACUUUACAAAUUGUCUAGAAAACUUUUACUCUAGAGACAUUUUUAGCUCAGUUUGUUAGAUUUUAUCUUGUAGAGGCAUUUUUUCGGCACUAUAAAAUGCGUCUAAUAUGUAAAGGCAUUUUGUUGAGACAUUUUAAACUAUAUAGAGACACUUUUUAGAAUGAUAAUGUGUACUAAAGGACUAAAUAUAAGUAACUAAAGGAACUAACAUAAAAGUAAUGAUAUGGAGUCUAGUUGGUUAGUGCAUUUAAGAUAAAAAUGAUUUAACCGAGAGAUCGUGAGUUCAAGGCUUGACAAAAGAAAGAAAACUAUUUUAUUCUCAUUUUUGGAUUGGUUUUAUAUGUUUGUGGUACAAUUUAAUGUCUCUAGAAAAUGCCUCUACCAUCUUAUAGACACUUUAUAAAAUGUCCCUUCGUUUACAGAGACAAUUCACCAUAAGACACUUAUUAGACAUUUUUUAAAAUGCCUCUACAUUGUUGUAAAGGCAUUUGAAAAGUGCCUCUACAGUACUAGAAAAAUGUCUCUACAAAGUAUUUUUCUUGUAGUGUAAUAAUCUAAUAUAUGCACCUUUUUUACUCAUUACACAUAUUGGACAAUUAUAUUGAUCGAUCUACUGUACACAAUACACAUAACACGCACACAUAUGCUAGCGGUCUUCCAAAUGCGUGCUUUAAUUUUUAGAAACAUACCACAGAAAUACAUAAAAUAUAUUCAUCAUUAAUUUAAUUCCGCGUAAAAGCAAACAAUAACUGAGUAUGCCGACGGUGGUCCAGAUCCCUACACGUACGGGAAUGGUUUUUAUAUUGUGUGUAAGGCCUAUAAGAUUUAAUAUAAUGUACUGUAUAUGUGUUAGUCCCCAUUUAAUUUCACAAUGUUUUCUGUAGAAUCUAAUAACCAUUAGCUAGCCCUUUAUCUCGUGUGAGGUACUAAAAUUAAUCUACAUACACAUUAGGUCAUAUACUCUCUCCGUUUCACAAUGUAAGUCAUUCUAGUAUUUCCCACAUUCAUAUUAACAUUAAUGAAUCUAGACAUAUAUAAAUGUUUUGAUUCAUUAACAUCAAUAUAUGAAUGUGGGAAAUGCUAAAAUAACUUAUAUUGUGAAACGAAGGAAGUAACAGUUAACAGGAAAUCUCGCCAGUUAAUUCACUCUCAUAAAUUAACAACUCUUUUCCGUUAACUUUGUACUGGUACCAUAAAUUAUUUACAGAGCCUGCAAUCAGUAUACUGAACUUGAAAUUAUAACUAGGUAGGGACAGGUUCCAGGUAUGGACCGUGAUAUGGAGGGGCUAACUACACACAUAUAUAUAUAUCUCCAUCGAUCUAGCUCUAGCUAGGUAGCACAUGUGAUUCAAUGAUAUAUGCACGUCGGGUAGCUCUAGAUGAUUAAUUUCAGCUGAAGCUUUUUGCACGCCUGUACGUUCUGUCUCUCUCUCUCCAUGCUUCAGCUGAUCAAUUUCGAUCUCAUUGC